AACGUAUGUGUCGAUUAAUUCGUCAUUUAUUUCAACAACAUUCAUUCUAUCCAUUAAUUCCACCAAAUGAAUCAGUUUCAAUUGAAUAUGAACAGGCAAUAGAAUAUGCAAAAAUCGAUUCAUUACCUCAUUUAUUUAUUACUUCAUCUGAUCUUCGACCAUUUAUUAAGGUAAGACAAAAAUAAAAAGCAUUCAAUAUUUUCAGUCUACUUUAAUCAAUCGAUAUUGUUUUCAAUUAGCGCUAUGCGCUAAAAGUAUCUCACGAAGGAAUUCUUCUAGUUGAUAACUUCCGAUCGAGCUCAUAUUUUACUAACUGUUAGAGCCUAUAGUACAGAUUAAAGCUCUAAAAUGAUAUGUACUAUUAGCGCUCUCUUUUUGAGUUAUGACCAUUUUAUUACAUUUUCAGCCAAUUGUAGGAUAUUAGAAGGAAAAUUGAAUCCAAGAAUUUUAGUCUGAAAUCUUUUCCAGGAAAUAGAUUCCAUGGCCAAGAGAAUAUUCUGAAAGUUUCAGCAAAAAUGGACACUUCUAUGUCAAAAGAACGGCGUUGCAAAACCACUGAUUAUCACGCCAAAGAUUCGAACAAGUCCAAUUUUUUUAAGUAUAAAAUAUCUUGAGAAGAAAUCAUCUGUGUUUGCUGGAACUUUCAGAAUAUUAUAAAGACCAUGAAAUCUAUUCCUUGAGUAAAAUCUCAGAAUAAAAUUUCUUGAUUCAGUUUUUCUCCUAAUAUCCUACAAUAGGCUAAAACUUCAGUAAAAUGAUCACAAUUCGAGAAGAAAGUACUAACGAGGGAUCUACCCCGAUUGAUUCUGAGCUUUCGGCUUCAUAUUUCGACUAUAGAUAGGCCUCAGUGAGACUAAGAAAACACUUGAAGCGUUUGUGAUUAUGGACUGUUGGUCCAAAGUUAUAGCCAUUUUACUGAAUUUUCAGUCUAGAGCACGGUAUUCACAGCAAAGUCAAAUGAAGGUAUUCCUAUUUGAUAUUUUGUUCAUCAAUAACUCUAAUGAUUCCCAACAUGUAUCAACAUUUUCAACCAAAACAGAUGCUUCCUUCUUGAGAUAUUCAAUUUUUAGGACAGCUUCAUUAUUGCGACCUGUCUGUUAAAAGUGGACAUUUUUUGAAAAUUGAAUAUCUCAAGAAGAAAUCAUUAGAGUUGUUUAUGGAUAGAAUAUUAGAUCGAAAUAACUUCAUUUGACUUUGCUG